GGUAACUGGACGAGAAGCCGACUGUGAACUGCUAACUGUGAACUCUGUCAAGGCCACGCGCCCGGGACCAGUCGUCGGGGUGUCAUGUGCCAGAUACUCCUUUCUUCAGGAGGUCUCAUGCCCGUAUCGUCAUUUUGAGGUACAACAUGAGCCUGAAGAUCUGUAACCUUCAGGGAGUUACGGAUGCCCUUUUCCGUGAGUUCCUCUCCCAGCCUGGGGAACGGCAAUGGUGCAGCGAGAUUCUCCGUUCCAUCACCAAGGGGGAGAGGGUGGAGACAAAUGACUUUCUGAAGCUCUCCUCGGAUACACCCUCUCGCAGUUCCCCUCGCAGUUCCCCUGUGAACUCUCCCCGCAACCAUGCCCAUCUCUCCCCACUUCUCCUUCCCCCCUCCCCCCGUUCUCCUGUGUCCCCUCUCCCUCAGUCCUUGAAUUCGGGUCUGCUUUUCUCACGGAACAGUGGCCAGCCUGGGCCUGCCUCUGCUGCCUCUGGCCCUACAACCCCAUCCUCCACCACAGCCUCCUCCUCCUCUCCCAAUGCUGUGGGCUUUUCCUCUGUCACCAACUUCUUCUCCACCUCCCUGGCAAAUGAGGCAAGGCCCAGCACUCCCACCAGUUCUCUCGGACGGAAGCACACCUGGCGUAGGGCUAAUGUUGGCCAGUCGGUUGCUCAAGCGGAAGAUAUUUGUAUUUGGCACAUGAAAAGGUAA